AUGGCAAAGCUGGUCCACAACGUUCAGAAGAAACAGCAUAGAGAGCGAGCCCAGCCUUCAGAAAGAAGGAAGCUUGGUCUUUUGGAAAAGAAGAAAGAUUAUAAACUCCGGGCUAAAGAUCGUCAUGCCAAGGAAGCUUAUUUGAAGCUGUUGAGAGAGAAAGCAAAGAACAGAAACCCAGAUGAAUACUAUCAUGCUAUGGUUAACAGGACAACAAAUGAAGAUGGAAUUAUGCUUGAGAAAGAAGAAGAGCCGGCCCUCACCGAAGAGGAGAUUUAUCUAGUAAAGACACAGAAUGCCACUUACGUUAGUGCUAUGAGAAACAGAGAUCUAGGUAAGAUUAGAAGGAUGAAACAGGCCCUGUCAUAUGGAAGUGAGGGUAAACACACCGUAUUCGUGGAUAACGAAACAGAAUUGGAAACGUUUGAUCCAGUAAAGUUUUUUAAAACCGAUGCUAGGUUAUUAAACCAGAGAGAAAACCGUUUGAAAGUUGAUCAACUUUUGGAUGGUGAUCUUAAAAACUACGAUCAAGUGUUUGAAAAGACGAAGCUUGAUACAGAUGCUGAAAAAUUGAAGCAAUUGAAACUUCUGAAAAGUCAUAUGGAUAGAGCAAAGAAAUUACAGGAAUUACACAACGAGAUUGUCAUUAGUAAAGAGUUGACAAAAGAGGGUGAAAAGGAAAAAUUAAUAGGAUCCGAUGGAAAACCAUACUACAAAUGGAAAACUCAGAGAAAGAGGUAA